AUGGAGCAGGUGUACUCGAUGGGAAGAGUGACGUUCUCGAAGCGUGCAUCCAGGAUUUCGAGUGUCACCUUCAAUGCUACGAUCACGAACGUAGGAUCCACCCCCUGGUCUUCGGCAGCGCUGCGAACAGUGCAUGGGUCGGACAUGGGAGUCGCCAGCCUACCACUUCACGGAGUGAUCGAGCCUGGUGCACACUGCAAGGUCUCACUGCGACUCAGACUGCCGCACGAGGACGUGAUCCCCACAUCCAUGUGGGCCUUGAGCAUCGAUGAUCGCGUGUUCGGUCCACUGCUUCUUCUCGAGCUGGAGCUGGAAGAGGACGUCACGCUUAGUUCGCUCCUGGAGGCCCAGCAGUCCACGCAGAAGCCUCACGGCGCCUCUGCUCGCAUCUUCGAAGCGCCAAGGCUUCUUUGGAGCGACCAGGCGCUUCGAGAAGAUCCAGCCAAGGUGGGGGAUGUUUCCGAGGACUGGGCAACAGAUCUUGCCAAAACCGGUAUGGAGCAGGCAUAUCGGCUUGGCAGCAUUGUGGUUAAAGAAUCUUCGCCAAAGAGGAUAGCUUCCUUUGAGCUUCUUGUGCGUUUGACGAACACAGGGCAAAGUGAUUGGCCAGAGGGGACGAGUCUUCGGCUCGUUAGUGGCAGAUCUCUCGGCUGCGAAGAUUUGCCAGUGCCUCCAGUGAGCCCCGGGUCCUCGGCUGAGAUUUCAUUGAGGCUGCAGGUUCCUACUCAGGAGGCUCCGGAAGAGAUGGCGCAGGACAGCGUGUGGGCGCUGGGAGAUGGCGAGCAAUUCUUCGGCCCCUUGUUGAUUCUGGAGCUGAGUCAUUUGUCAUCAGGGACUGCGCUCUGA